AAAGCUACUCAUAUAGUUUGGCCACCAAAUAGAUGGCAACAGUUAUAUUCUACAAAGUUUAAUCAUGAGAGCUGUUAGUUUUGUGAAGAAACUGCAAUGGGAAUUACCUGGCACUGUAUGCAGGCAUGGCUUGACAAUAGGAGAUGUUGACAAUGAUGGUGAUAAUGAAUUGGUCGUUGGUACUUAUGAAGGAGAACUGUAUAUCUUCAAGGGAACAGAAUUAUGGCAGAAGAUUACAGGUCUUGGUCUUAUAACCAGUGUAGCAAUUGGAGAUAUUUUUAAUUAUGGACGCAAUGCACUUGUUGUCAUCUGUGCUGAUGGAUGGACACAUAUAUUUUACAGUCCUAGAUCUGUCAAUCCUAAUAAUGCAAAUGUACCUGUAGGUCAACAUAUUGGCAAAGAUGCAAAUGAGCAAGAAAAUUUCAAAACGAAUAUCGAUAUAAAUUCCCAAAACUCGGAACAUAUUGACAAUACUAUUGAAAUAAAUGAACUCUCUGGAAAAAUGGAAUGUGUACAUGUACAAAGAAUCCCAACCAAUACAAAGAUAGUAUUAAUAGCUGAUGUUGAUAAAGAUGGUGCCAAUGAGAUGAUUCUUGGUCUGACGGAUCGUGUUGUUAGAUCCUACAGAUGGUCAAGUAAUGCUGACUUGGGAACGGGAAAAUUGAUUGGCCUAAAUAAAUGGGAAUGCACUGAUCAAAUAGGAACAGUUACACUGCAGCAUACUGGCGAUGGUACACCAACUCUACUGGUUGCACAACCUGGUGGUACAUUUAUGCGGAUUAAAUGCAACCCUACUGAUUGUCACUCAAAGGAUACUUCUUGCGAGGCUGUUGAUUAUCAGACAUUAGGGAUAUCUAGAAUGCGUAAUCAAAGUAUUUCAACUGAGAUUAUCGGAGAUUUAGAACCAGGAAUGACGCCAUUUAUUUCGACACUUGAAUCUAAAAUGUCUAAUUAUAUGCCUAAAGAUAAAUCGUCAAAGCAAAAUUUUGCAGAUGACAGCCAACUAGAUAUGAAAACCUUUAAGUCCGCAUCGCUUGAAUUCAAAAGAAAUUAUUCGCAACCCGUGAUUCGGAAAAAGAGUCUGGAUAUGGCAAUCGAAUAUAAUAGAGAUUUUACAACAGAGACUCAACAACUAGUUAGGUUUUAUAGUCCUGCUGAUUUUUCAAGUGCUGACGAAAUGGAUGGCAACAUGAUCAGUGACAACGUUAGCCUCGCAGAAUUUGAGAGAGAAUUCAGUGGAAAAGUCAAGAAAACAACAGAAGACAAAGUGUUACCAUCGUUUAAGGAUUUUUCCAUCAAUGAUAAGAAUAUAAAAAGUAAUGAUAGUGAUACCAAUAAUGUGAAUCAACAUGAGAAAAAGACGAGGAUUCGAAUAAUAUGAUCAGUAAUGAAAGUACUC